AUGGCAGCGUACUGCAAUGAAGUCCGCAAGCUCGAAGACAAGUUCGACGGUCUGGAACUCAACCACGUCACAAGACGUUUCAAUGAGGCAGCUGAUGAGCUGGCGAAGGCAGCGUCCGGUCAAAAGUCCGUUCCCGACGGCGUCUUCAUCAGCGACCAAUACAAGCCUUCAAUCCGUUACAAGAAGCCGGGAGGGGUCGGCAACGCGCCACUUGUCCCGGACUCGGGAGCCGACCCGGGAGAGGUCGGCAACACGCCACCUAUCUUGGACUCAGAGGCCGAUCCCUCUGACCCUAAGGUCAUGGAGACCGACACGAACCCAGCAGAGGGGCCCGACCCCCCGCCUGACUGGAGAGUCCCAUACCUUGACUACCUCAUCUGCGAGUCGCUCCUGAUAGACAAGACAGAGCGCGGCUCAUUGGGCCCUUCAAGAAGUUUGUGA